CUCGGUUCCUCGGGACUGAAGGUAUCAAAAAUCAUUCUAGGUUGUGCGGCGUAUGGGAGCCCGGAUUGGUACGACACUGGAAUCAACACUUUCGAUACCGCCAAUGUCUACUCCAACGGGCAAUCCGAGAUGUUCUUGGGUAAGGCCACCAAGCAAGAAAAUUUACCGCGAGACGGGAUCGUUGUAAUGACAAAGGUC